AUGAAAAAUCAUAUUAAAAUUAAUGGUAUUUUUCUUACUGUACAAACACUUGUAACCCAACUCAAACAGGAUAUAAAACGAGAUGAACAUAAUUUGGUUGGUUUCGAAAUUGUACCUGCUGAAUUGACAUCUUCUGAAAAGAACAGAAAUACUCAAGAAGCUUCGUUCAUGUAUGCUCAACUUCUCAAGGGUAUUCUUAUCAACCUGGACGACAAUGAUAUGAGUGAUAUGAUCGAAUACUGUCGUCAAGAGAAUGUAGAUAAUAAAGUUGCUCUUGAUUUUACUGAAUAUUUUAAACAAAAUUACCAAUCGGACAGAGCCAUUUGGUGGUAUUCCUUAGACUCUUUUCUUUAUCGAAUGUUGAAUAGAGCUCUUCACGUUCAAGAUGUAGACGUUUUGUAUCAUUUUCGUGUUUUUAUUCGUGAUAUACAUCGGGCAAUUUCUCAGUUAUAUACAGCAAUGAUGACUAGCAAUGAAAGAAAACUGAUGAAACUCUAUCGUGGUCAGUUAAUUCCAUCGAAAGAUUUUGAAAAAAUCAAGACCAAUGUUAGUGGCCUAUUAUCGAUCAAUCGAUUUCUGUCAACAAGUGCAGAUCGAAAUUUGGCACUUGUUUUUGCAGGUCAAUCAACCGAUGAUUGUACAGCAGUUCUCCUUGAAAUUUCCCUUGAUUCAAAAUGUAGUGACACUAGCGCUCCAUUUGCUGAUAUUGAAUCUCACAGUCAAUUCGGUGCAGGUGAACAAGAAUAUCUUUUCUCAAUGGGUACUGUGUUUCGAAUUGAUCGUAUCGAAGAUAUUGAUCAUAGUUGCGUUUGUGUACAUUUGACAUUGACUCAAGAUAAUGAUCCUCAGUUGACUGCUCUAACGAAGUACAUGUCGAUAGACCUACAUGAACGAUACGAUUUAACCACGCUGGGUAUGCUUAUGCUCGAGACUGGCGACUAUCGAAGAGCAGAACAAUUUUUUGCUACUGCCCUAACGGCAGCAAAAACACCAGGUCAUCGAGCUAGAUGUCAUAACCUUUUGGGCAUGGCCUUUGAAAAUUUGGGUGAUUAUGACAGAGCUCUAGAACAAUUCCGGUUCGAGUUAAAAAUCCAUCAUCAAAAUUUACCAUUGAAUCAUCCUGCAUUCGCUCCUACGUACAGUAAUAUUGCUGUGGUGUACAUGGAUCGGAGCGAGCUAGAUCUAGCCCUGAAAUAUUUUCGAAAGGCUCUAACUAUUGGAGAAGCAGCCACUAAACCGAAUCACUUUGAAUUAAGUGUCUAUCAUAAUCAUAUAAGUUUUAUUCUCAAAACGAAAGGUCACCUCAAGGAAGCAUUAGUUCAUCGAAAGAAAACUCUUAGUCUACGACAACUGUGUUUGCCGCCGACACAUCCUGCUAUUGCCGAAGCUUACAAUAAUCUUGCUUGUAUCUAUCAGGAACUAAACCAAAGUAACAAAGCUCUUUUCAUGCAUGAGAAAUCCUUGGAAAUUGCGCAGAAAUCUCUUCCAGUUGAUCAUAUAUUAUUAGCAUUUCGACAGACGAACAUAGGAGCUAUACUCUAUUCACAAGGCAAAUUCGAUGACGCUUUAAUGCAUUUUAAAGAAUCGCUGCGUAUUAAACUCAAAUCGCUGGAUCCGUUGCAUCCAGAUAUGGCUGUAACGUACAAUAAUAUGGGGAAAACUUAUAAUGCUUUAGGAUCAUAUGAGAAAGCUUUGGAAAUGUACGAAAAAAUCGUCGAACUUGAACGAGCCUCCUUUGUGAGAAACCAUCCCGAAAAACUCGUCGAUGCUAUGUCUCUUUUGAUUGAAUGUUUACUUCAGCUUGGACGCACUGAUGAAGCGCGUGAACGAAUUCUUGAACAUUAUAAUUGGUCAAAUCGAACAUUGGGAUACACCGAACAAGAAGCACAAGCGAUGAAGAACAUUUUAGAAUCGAUUAUCAAUAAAGUAUCUCUUUUUUCUUAG